AUGUCCAGACAAUUUCACGACGAGCCUGAAGAUGAAAAUGACAGCAACAACUUCUGGAACAAAGACCCAGGUCCAGUCCGGCACUCAGUCCUGUUCAGGUUUCGCCAAUGGCUGGUCCCAGUUUUAGUCUCAACCUUCGUCCUCAUCCUCAUCAUCGCCUUCGGAGUCAGCAACGGGGGACUGGCCUAUCGUCUGGGUUUGAUGGAGGAAACAGUUUCGAACUUAAGUCUCUCGUUGACUGAGGCACAGAAAGAAAACAAAGGUGCAGCUAAAGACGUGCAGAGGCUGAAGUUCUCUGUGGAGAACAACAAGGACCAGCUCAGCUCAGUGGCAGAGUCGCUGAAGCAGCUCGCGCAGUUGAAAACUCUGACCAAAACUGUGGCAUCGCUGAAAUGUAGCAUGGAGAAAAUCCUACACAACCGCACCGCAGGCUGCUGUCCGCUGGAGUGGGACAGUUUUGAGUCGUCCUGUUUCUUCUUCAGUAAAAUGUCCCUCUCCUGGUAUGAUGCCCGUGACUGGUGCCACGCCCACCAGAGCCAGCUGCUCAUCCUCACAGCAGACAAGGACUGGGACUAUGUGAAGAGCCACAGUAUGGGGACGUUCUACUGGGUCGGACUGACAGACGAGCAUGGGAAGUGGGAAUGGGUCAACGGCACUCCCUACACCAUCGACCGCAGGCGGUGGAGGCCCGGUCAGCCCGAUAACUGGACAGAGCACGGACUGGGGCCGGAGGCCGAGGACUGCGCUCACCUGCACAUGGACGGACGCCUGAACGACAUGCACUGCUCCGUACGCUUGCCCUUCAUCUGCCAGGCACACAGCACACAGACGUAG